AUGCUUGCAGACAUGACGGGCGCAAUCUUGCUACAGGUCUGGUCCAAUCUUGCAGCAAGAGAGAUUCUGUUCCUCGGGCGUGCGGCUGCGGCUUACUGGCAAGCAUCACUACAACUUGUAGAGCAGAGGCUGCCGUUUCCUGCGCCGUUCGCUUUAUUGACGGUGGAAGAGCGAUCUAGCGUACUGCGUUUCUCGCACUUCUUGGAACAAGCUUGGCUUUUUGAAAACUUCGCAUGCAUGGAUCUGCAGUCUUUGACUGACACAAACAGGAUCCCAGCCCUAUUUGGCAAAAUGCAAGGAACUGCUGCGUGGUGCAUUGGCCCAGGAACCGAAGCACCACCACAGAUUCACCGUGUUCCCUGCAGUUGCACGCUUCGCAACGUCAGCGCCAGCUUCGCCCCUCUGGGCCACUGGUGCAUGCGCCUUGCAAACGAGGAUCCGGCGACGAACUUGGGUCCUAGUGGUUUGGUCUAUGCCUUUCCCUGUGCCUGUCGACCUUCUGUGGUCGUCUAUCGUUGCAAGGCAACGGCACGGUGCCCGCAUCGUGCAGGUGCAGUCUUCGCUCUUGCGCAAGGCUUGGGGAAUGACAAAGGCCCAGAACGGCCGCUCAUGUUUAUGACUUUUGUCCGAGACAGCACUGGGCGAGAUAUAUUUGCUUCAAGCUCAAGUCGAGUACCCGUGGGAAGUUGGACCGAAGACACCUGGAUGACGAUUGGCAUCAGAGUGGACUGGCAGCGUCGGUCGCUUGACAUAAGCUUGGAGCAGUCUGCGACGUCUACCCGGCCCAGCUUGCACCGCGUGCCAUUUGCUGACCAGAGUAGUGAUGCGGUGAAAUACUUGCUCCUCUACAACCAGACAAGUGAUUUCGUUGCGUAUUUCACCGAUGUCUUGAUUUUGUGA